AUGCGUUUCAACACCGACUUGUUCAUCGUCGCUCUCCUCGCCCUCCCUCAGUUCGCCACCGCAACGGCCGUCUGCAAAUACAAAAUAAAAAAAGGCGACAAAGAGGUUACAGCGGGGCGCAUCUGGCCUGGGUCGGCCGGGGAUAUUCAAGUGGACGGCGAAUGGGGCGCUGUAUCUGCCAGCACAAAGUGCAGAUUUACAUUGACUAGACCGGGCGGCGCCGAGAACUAUACAGUUGUCCCAGACGGGUUAGAAGAAUCGGAAGAAGAACAAGAUACCCCGGGCCCGCCAAUCAGAAGGGCAUGA